AUGACCACAGGAUUUGACCAGUAUAAGUGCGACUGUACCCGGACUGGGUUCUAUGGUGAAAACUGUUCCACACCUGAAUUUCUAACAAGAAUAAAAUUAUUCCUGAAACCCACUCCAAACACAGUGCACUACAUACUUACCCACUUCAAGGGAGUCUGGAACAUUGUCAAUAAUAUUCCCUUCCUGCGAAAUGCAAUUAUGAAAUAUGUGUUGACAUCCAGAUCACAUUUGAUUGAGAGUCCACCAACUUACAAUGUGCACUAUGGCUACAAAAGCUGGGAAGCCUUCUCUAAUCUCUCCUAUUACACCAGAGUCCUUCCUCCUGUGGCUGAUGACUGCCCGACUCCCAUGGGUGUGAAAGGGAAGAUGGAGCUUCCUGAUUCGAAAGAGGUUGUGGAAAAAUUUCUUCUAAGAAGAAAGUUUAUCCCUGAUCCCCAGGGCACAAAUAUGAUGUUUGCAUUCUUUGCCCAACAUUUCACUCAUCAGUUUUUCAAGACAGAUCAUCAUCGAGGACCAGCUUUCACCAAAGGGCUGGGCCAUGGGGUGGACUUAAAUCAUAUUUAUGGUGAAACUCUGGAUAGACAACAUAAACUGCGCCUUUUCAAGGAUGGGAAAAUGAAAUAUCAGAUAAUUGAUGGAGAGGUAUACCCUCCCACAGUCAAAGAUACUCAGGUAGAGAUGAUCUAUCCCCCUAACGUCCCUGAACACCUGCGGUUUGCUGUGGGACAGGAGGUCUUUGGUCUGGUGCCUGGUCUCAUGAUGUAUGCCACCAUCUGGCUGCGGGAACACAACAGAGUGUGUGAUGUGCUUAAACGGGAGCAUCCAGAAUGGGACGAUGAAAGGUUGUUCCAGACAAGCAGGCUAAUACUGAUAGGAGAGACCAUUAAGAUAGUGAUUGAAGACUAUGUACAGCAUUUGAACUGGCAUCCCCUUCUGCCCGACACCUUUCAAAUUGAUGACCGAGAGUACAGCUACCAGCAGUUUCUCUACAACAACUCAAUAUUACUGGAACAUGGAAUUACUCAGUUUGUUGAAUCAUUCACCAGGCAAAUUGCUGGCAGGGUUGCUGGUGGCAGGAAUGUCUCACCUGCAAUACAAAAAGUAGCAAAGGCUUCCAUUGACCAGAGCAGACAGAUGAAAUACCAGUCUCUCAAUGAGUACCGCAAACGCUUUUUGCUGAAGCCCUAUAAAUCAUUUGAAGAACUUACAGGAGAGAAGGAAAUGGCUGCAGAGUUGGAAGCAGUCUAUGGUGACAUCGAUGCUAUGGAGCUGUACCCUGCCCUGCUGGUAGAGAAGCCUCGCCCAGAUGCCAUCUUUGGUGAGACCAUGGUAGAACUUGGAGCACCAUUCUCCUUGAAAGGACUUAUGGGAAAUCCUAUAUGUUCUCCUGACUACUGGAAGCCGAGCACCUUUGGUGGAGAAGUAGGUUUUAAGAUCAUCAACACAGCCUCCAUUCAGUCUCUCAUCUGCAAUAAUGUAAAGGACUGUCCCUUUACUUCAUUCAGUGUUCAAGAUCCACAGCUCGCCAAAACAGUCACCAUUAAUGCAAGCUCUUCCCACUCUGGACUAGAUGAUAUCAAUCCCACAGUACUACUCAAAGAACGUUCAACUGAACUGUAGAAGUCUAUUGAUCAUAUUUAUUUAUUUAUAUGAACCAUUUCUUUUAACUUAAUUAUUUAAUAAUAUUUAUAUUAAACUCCUUAUGUUACUUAAGAUCUUCUGUAACAGAAGGCAGUACUCAUGUUGCAGAGAAAACGGUCGUACUUGUGAAGAAUUUUGUGACACUACUGUAAUUUAAAGAUGUAUUUUCUUCAAGUUAAAGGGGAAAAUGCUUUUUAUUCUUUUAGUAAACCAGUGGGAAAUGAUUUUUGACAUCUUUUUACUUGAAUUUCAAUUUAUACUGUGUUAUAAUUAGAACCAAAGCAAAGAUGUUUGAACACUUAAAUGCUGUUACAAGAUAGCAAAAUGCUACAAGUUUCUAGACACUGUCUUUAUUUCCAGUGUAUUUUACAUGUUGCAUUAGAAACAAUUAACAUUUUAAAGUACUUUUGGACAUUUAUUUGUCAUCAAAAAACAAAAAAAGGCUCAAGUGCAUUUUUAAGUGAAUGCUGAAAUCAGACAUAACCAAUAAUUUUAUGUCUGUUUUUGAAAGCGACAUGGAAACAAUUUGAAAUUUCUAAAUUCAUAGCGUAGAAUCACUUUUAAAAUCUUACUUAAUUUCCUAUACUAAAGUUAUUAAGUUUGUAUCUACACCAAUAAAGGAAGCUAUCAUAGACUUAAAUCUCUUCAAUCAGUAAAAAUUGUAUAGUACAAUUGCUGGUUAAAAUAUUGCAUAAAACCACUAUGAGUGAAAAUCUAUUUAAUGUGACUGUUACAACUUCCUUUUGAAUCAAAAUGCCAAAUGUAUUAAGGUGGCAGAGCCACUGAAGUCCUAUCUUAAAAUAAAAAUUUUCUAUAUAGAGAGAUUUUAGAAUUUGUUUAUAUGGCUAAGUAACAAGCAAAAUCUCUAGCAUCAAAAGAUACUACAUUUAAAAAAAGCAAUAACAAAGAAGAAACCCAAAUUAUAGUUCAAAUUUGGGAUUAAACUCUUGAAAGAGAAUUUAUUUUAUCUUUGGGUGCUGCAGGCCUGGUAUUCAACAAACUUUGCUGCAAGGUUAAUGAAUUGCUGAGCUGGACUUGGAUAACCAUCUGUUUCUUAGAUUUUCUGUUGCACAGUGUUGAGAAGUCCAUAUCACAGUGCAAAAAGUAGCAAUGGCCUCAUAAAAUGACACUUCAAACUGCUUAAAUUCGUUUCACAUGUUAAUUUAUCUGAAUCUUGAUAAGCCAAUUCAGCAUGUACAUUUGAAUCAAACCUGGCUACCUGCAUGCUGCUCCUUUUAUUUUCUUCUUUUAGCCAUUUGCUAAGAAAACCUCACUUCUGAUCUGUUUCUUUCUUCUAUUUCGUUUUCCUGGUUUUAAGGUCAAGGCUCAUCCUUCUUUGGUCUCUAUAUUUUCUUACCUCAACUUUUGCAAGUUUUCAGGAAAACCUCAGCUCAGGACUAUUAUUGAGCUCCUCCUCUUAAGAGUAAUAAAAGGGGGAAGAAGGUCCUUAUUUUAAGUAAAAGGUUUAGAAUUUUAUUUAUAGUUAAUUUUAGCAAUCUGUAACCAAGAAGCCUACGAAACGGCUAGUACCUUAGAAAAAAUUACAGGGGGUUCUUGACAGGAAGAAAGUCAUAUUCUUAUUCAAAUUAAUGCCUUUCUUGUUUAAAAACAAAAUGAAACAAUUCUUGAGAAGUUUCCAGUGUUAAUAAUAACACUUCUUUCCCACAUCUCAUUGUCAGCUGACAUUUUAUGGUACUGUAUAUUACUUAAUUUAAUUUAUUGAGGAUGAUUAUUUAUGUUUUAUUAGGAUGUUGUUGUUAUAAACUGUGUUUAAGCCUGUAACCACUGAUUUUUUUUUAUUAUGUCAAAAUUAAUAUAUCUUCUUUGGGAUUACCUCUCUGAAUUAUUAUGUAAGCAAUCAAAAGAAAUAAUUGAAUUAAGAUUUCUGAAUAAAUUUUCAGGAUCCCAA